AUGCCUCCUGACACAGACGAGACUUCUCUUAUAACGAGGGAAACGUCACAAGUCAUAUCCUAUGACGAAGCUAUCUCUGACAACAAUGCCGGAGCAGAAGAACCUUCAUUUGAGGUUGAUCCAGUUCAACUUCAGUUUGAGCUUGACCACAAGCUUCGACAGCUUUGUGUUAAAUCUAACAUCAUGUUUCUUGUUCUUGAUAAGUCAAUAUUUAAGAUUGAUCUCGAUAACCCGGCAAUAGUCAAGCGAUUUCAGUUUGCUAGUGAUGCAAUAAUGAGUAACAGUUGGUUAUCUCCUGAUGGCCAGCAUUUUGUUGUUCAAGUUAAUGGAACCAGCUACUUUUACUUGCACAAUAGUUACGAUAAAUUCAAAGUGCUUCCAAGGCUAAAGGGUCUAGAAAUCGAAGAUAUUGUAUUUCCUCAUAAGACAUCCCAGUCACACUUCGAUAAUGUAUCCACUGGUGAUUUCUUCAUAAUCACCAAAGAAAAUAUCGUACUUUUGGCCAAUAUCAAAUCUCAUUUCGGUCAGGACAACAAGAAAGACGAUAAGUACCUAAAGCAAACAUACAAGUGUGCGGAUAAAAUAACGGGAUUGUGUUUGAGUAAUAACAGUACCAGGAUAGAAAUCUUCACUCCCCUGUCUAUUCUUCAGUGGGAUUGCUUUGAGCUAUCAGUCAACGAAAUACUUCGAGUAUUCAAAUCGGAUCCAAAAAUAAUCAAACUCAGAGGGUCAGGUGAUGCAGUACUCGAGUCUUCUGACUCCAGUUAUGUGCUUUUGUCGGCACACACAAAUAACUUGGUGACAAAUGAUUCUGAAUUGACCCUCUCCAAAUUAUCCAAGUUGAACCCGUUGGUGAAAUUAUCCAAUAAGUUUGUGUUGACUAACCACCAUAUUUUGGUAUUGUCCCAAAGCCAUUCAGAUCUCAUUGUUUUCUCCAAGCUAUCUAAUUCUCCUCCUAAGGUCAUCAAAUUACCUCAGCAAGUGUCCAACAUUACAGCCGAUUAUAUAAGUCAUACGUACUGGCUUUAUGGCAAGAAUGCAAUUUACGAAAUUCUAAUAGAAAACGAAUCGGUCAAAGUGUGGUACGACUUCUACAAGAUGGGGAAGUAUGAGGAGGCUAUCAAAGCUUUGGAGUUGUCCGAGUCAAAGGAGAAACCUUUGAGGGCAAACAUGGUUCUUACCAAACAGGGUUACGAAUAUUUGCAGAAGGGGGCCUUUGGUUUGAAUUUCAAUAAAAAGUUUGAUUCUAGUUUGAUUGCCUUACAGAUUAAAGGGUUGCAAAUUCUUGCCAAUCUGGCUGAGCCUUUCGAAAAGAUUUGUCUCAUGUUGAUGAACUUACAUAAUUCAGACUCGACCGAUUUGAAUAGUACCAUAUCUCAAAAGCUUCUUGUGGAAUACCUUCUCGUCAAAUUCGACCAAGUAAAAAAGGAGAACAACAAGAUUAGAAUUGUUGUAAUUUCAAGCUGGAUCAUUGAGCUUAUGCUCCGAAACAUAUACAACCUCGAAGAUGAACAAAACCUGAUAAAUACAACUAUCGGUACAAAGAAUGGAGUUGAUGAUGACAAGGCCAAAUAUUCUAAGGAGAUGAAUAGCGAUUUUAUCAAAUUUUUUGACUCAAACUACAAAUUGUUUGAUAAGGAUACCGUGUACCAAAUAAUGAGUGAAUUGAACUACCAAUCAAAACUAAUCCAUUACGCUGAACUUAACCAUGACUACGAAUUCAUAUUGAAUUACUGCGCCGAUCUUGAGGAUUGGUCUGGGUGUCUUCAAAUCUUAGUGAAAAUGUAUUCAGCUAAUGUCCCUAGUUUUGAAAGUGCUCUAAUGAGGACUGCAUCUGUUUUACUUUUGAAUUAUCCAGGACCAACAACUGAAACUUGGUUAAAAUUUGCUAAUGUAGACUACAAAAAGUUGCUUCUGAGCCUUUUGGUCUAUAACAAGAAGUAUAGUGCUACCGUUUCGGCAUUCGACAAUUACAGUCUAAUAUUCCUUCUGAAAUUAAUUUUCCAGAAAAAUAUCAAGGAAAGAGUCGUCAACAAUUAUUACUUGCUGCUUCUUAUAACAUAUCCAACUCAUUCACAAGGUCCAGAAGAAACGGAUAUCGAAAGCAAGUAUAUCAACAAGCAGAUUCUAAAACUCCUCAAUUAUAUCAGAUUGAAUCCAAAGCUUUAUGAUUCAGGAUUUAUCUUGAGGCUUUGUCUUGAUAACAACCACAUUCAACCAGCUGUGAUUAUUCUUAUCCAUGAUCUAAAGCUUUUUGAGCAAGCGUUGAAAUUGGCAAUUGAUUCUGAUUUAACAGAAUUGGCCAUCAGUGUUUUAGAAAGAUUCAACAAGUACAUUGAUAACAAUCUUGAAGAUGGCGAUGAUGAUACCCUAGAUUUGGAUGUAAACCAAAAUCCCCUCUCGGAAUAUCCAAACAAGUUUGUUGAUAUUAGCAAGAAUAAACUACAUCACAAGGACUUCACCCAAGGAAAAAAACUUUGGGUGAUGUUCGCUAAAUACUUAAUUGAAGGAGUUAUGAACAACAAGGAAUUCGAAAUACUUGGAAAUGUUCAUGGGGAUUUGGAAUCCGAAGAAAAUGGAGAUGGACACACUUCUAGUGAAAACGAAGAUAUAGUCAAAGAUUUGACGAAUGUGUUAGCAGGCCAAGCUGUCAAACCAGUUGACCAUUCCCCUAUUACUCUGAAAAAGGCUAACAGAGUUCUUCGGUAUCUUCUUGAUUCUUCAUUCAAUGCUACUAUUAACUCCAGCUUUGUCAACCUCAGAGACUUACUUCAACUAUUCCCUGAGUCAGUGAUGGUGAAUAAUUUUAAAGAUGAAAUUAUAAGAUCCUUGAACCAGUAUAACAACAAGAUUAACCAACUAUCCAUUGAAAUGAAAGAAUCCCUUUUAAUUUCCAACAAACUUAAUAACCAGAUUCAGGAAUCGAAUGACCGGAUAAAGAAAGGUAAAAUCUUUACCAUUGUUGAACCAGGAGAGCCCUGUUGUUUUUGCAACAAGCUUUUAAUCAGCAAAAACUUUGUGGUAUUCCCGAAUUGUCAUCACGGCUUCCACAAAGAGUGUCUUGUGAAAUACUACUUGAUGAUUAAGGGUGAUUACCGGUUCAAAAGAUUUUUCCAGAACUUCAAAAAACAGAAUGGGGGUGGGAAUAAGAAAGAAUUGGACGAUAUCAUGUUGCGAGAGUGUGUUUUAUGUAAUGAGAGCAAUAUUCUUACAAUUGAUAAUAAUUUGGUGGAUCCUAUAAAAGACAAAGCAGCUAUCGAUGAGUGGGAGUUAUGA